AUGGGCAUCGCCAGCCUUACUGCUUUCCUCACCACAGUCGUCUUCCUCAUCGAUGUCAUCGUCGUGGCUGUCGUGCGCGCACGCGUCCGCAACGCCACCGAUGACCACCUCGACCUCGUAUGGGGCAAUGCCGUCUGGAUGACGCUUGGCGCCGCGGUAGCAUUGUGGCUCGCCCUAGCUGGUGCGUGCUACGGCAUGGUCGCAGCCCGACGGACAAACAGCCCGCUGGACUAA